AUGUCAAAACUUAAGGAAUUAGAAGAGAGAUCGAAUGCGGAACGAAUUGAAUUAGCUAAUCAACAAAUGCUUCAAAAUGCUCUACCAUCACAUAUUGCGCAAAAUUUCUCAACUAAAUCUGAUCUUUAUCAUCAUAUUUGUCAUAGUGUUGGAGUAGCUCAUAUAGCUAUUUUAAGCGAUGAUAGCGAUGGUGAAGCUGCUGUAAGAAAUCUGAAAAAUUUAAUAUGCAUUUUUGAUCAGAUUGUUAUGCAACAUCGUGGAAUUGAGAAAAUUCGUGGAUGUCAAAAAAAUUAUAUUGUUGCAGUGGGUGUUAUACCGGAAUUUUGUAAAAAUGUUCACGAUACGCCAUCAACAAUUGGUGAUUUACUUGCUGAACUUACACAAUUCGCACUAGAUAUUUCAGCAUUUGCUGCUGAUCAUGGCAUUUCAUUAAAUAUCGGUAUUGAUUGCGGAUCAGUUCUAUCAACAGUUGUAAAUUGUCAAAAGCCUAUGUAUGAACUAAUUGGAAUGCCAUGUUUGGGUGCUCGUACCUUAAUGCAACAUGCUAAUUGUUACGGUAUUAUGGUAUCCGAGGAGAUCUAUUUAGCUUUAAGACCAAGAAAUUUUAAUUUUGAUUCAAGACCAAUCAAAAUUUCAAAAACUCUUAAUGCAUAUGUGUUCGAGGAUAAUUAUCCAGAUACUAGUUAUCAGGCUGACGAAACCGACAUCAAUUCAUUAUCUAUACCACCGGAACAAAAUUCUACAUCACAGAAUCCGUUGGAGAUGUUUGCUUCAAUGAAUUCCUCAUUCUCAUCUGAAGUAUAUUCAAUAGAUAUUGGUGUUGAAACUGAUUCAGAAUUGGAAUGGAUUACACCAGAAAUGUUGUUAUAUGAAAAGAAUGCUCAACUUAAUACACAACCAACAACUUCAUCGGUGCAACUUCCAAUACAUAGCAAUCAAAAUUAUUAUGAUUCUCAAAUAUAUAUUUCAUCUGAUUCACAGUGCAAACAAUCAAUAACACCAGAGCGUAGUCGUCGUCGGCGAUUCUGUAUGGGACGAACACCAAGUUGGUUGAAUCGAUCGAUGACAUCGGAUACGAGUCGAGUAUUUGAUGGAAAUGAUAAGCUUGCUGCUGCAGCAAGCCGUGUUGAUCGGAUGUUGGCUGAGCUAACGGCAAUAGCUGAUUUUAAUUCAACAUCUGAAGAUCAUCCAUUUCCAACUGCACUUUCUAAUUCAACUAAAAGCUUGAGGAGAGAUAUAUCAAGCGCUUGUCAUACUGAAUAUGAUAAUGCUGAAUCAGAAAGCAAUUGGUCUGAUUCUGAAAUGCUCGAUGGUCAAUUAGAACGGUUUCAUAAAACUUCAAAUCGUACAAGCAUUCCACAACGAAGGAAGUAUAGAUUAUGGAGUCAAAGUGAUAAUGGUAAUGAUGCUGAUAUUGAUAGCAUCUGUUCAUCCGUUGGUACAUCAUCCUUUUUCAGUAAUCUUCGAUGGAACAGGUUAUAA